CCUUACAAAAAAAAAAUCUUAUCUAGCAAAAGUUGCAGUGAUUGAGCUAUAACUUUCAUGAGUUAAAAUGGCACAAUGAUCCUACUAUAUUGGGUGCGUGUUCAAAAUUAAGGCAUCUGUGAAGUGAAAUGUGGUCCAAAAACACAAGCUCCCCAGAUUUUUUUCUCACAAUGCCGACUUAUCCCCUCUCCUUCCCACAGUUCCCACAACCAAAAACAAAAGAAAAGAAGGGAAGAUCAUGAAAAAAAGGCAUCUCACAUGUCAAGAUCAUGUCACUUUCGUGAAAGGGAUUAAAAUUUUAGAUCCCACAAUAAAAUCCGAAAUUGUAGAAGUCAAAAGGUGUUAUCCUCCCACUACAUUACAGCACAAGCAAAAAGGAGCUUUUCCUGAAGCAACCAACAACUACUGCUACUAAUACCCAUUAUCAUCAUGGGUUAAAGGGGAGAGCUUGGAUAGUCACUAUUUGGCAUGCAUUGCUUACGUCUCCAUGUGUCCUAGGUGGCUUGGCCAGUUAAAGCUACGUCCAGUCUACUACCACUAAUAUUGCCUGUACCACCAGCUUUCCAUUGUAUCAGCCAGCCCCAUGCCUCCCUCAGUUGAUAACUUGAUAUGCAUCCAUGAAAUCAAAAACCUAAAAUAUCUGUUCAAUAGCCCGAAAUAUCUUCCUGCUAUUGCUUUUGCAAUGAGGUAUCAAGAAAACUGGUAACAGAUUGAAUGCAGGUUAAAAGUUUAUGACUCAAGCUUAGAAGUCAAAACACUGACAUAAUCAUGAAAUUUCUUGUGAUAAAAAGAACAAAGUUUGUGGCUUUGGACUUUAUUUCUAGUUUCCUCUAUUUUGUUAGGCGUGAAGAUAAUGAAACAUGGCAUGAGUCAAAACAGAUUUACAUUCAAGCAUGUUUAAUUUAGUUGAAGGGCGGUGGUGCGAUUCAGGCGUGGUAGUGCUUCUUCUUUGUGGGUAAAUUCGAACACUUGGAGAUAUAUGCACCCAUAUAUAAAAAGUAAAUACUGUCACGAGUGGGCUUAUGUCACAAUCAUCCCCCAUUAUAAAUACCCACUUACAUGGACCAAAUCUUGAUGCACAUCAACAAUUCACAACUCUAAAUUUGCCUAGAAAAAGCUUUGAAACUUCAAAUAUAAUGGCGAAGAAAAUGCAACUUAACUUUCUGUAUUUCGCCUUCUUCCUUCUUUUCUUAUUGGGUGCAUUCAGUGUAGCUGGUGCUCGUGGUCAUACGAAACAACUGACCUCUUCCGAAAUAUCUAUGGAGCCCAAUGCCCCAAGCGGGGGCUCCAAUGGUGCUAGUGGUUCAGGCCAUGGGCCCAACUGGGACUAUAAUUGGGGAUGGGGAUCAAGCCCUGGAAGUGGAUGGGGUUAUGGUUCAGGCUCGGGCAGGUCACCUAAUGGGUUUGGAAGGGGUUAUGGAUUUGGGUUUGGAUCUGGGACUGGGUCAGGUUCAGGGUAUGGUUAUGGGACUGGAGGCGGUGGUGCUCAUGGUGGUGGCUAUGGGGCUGGAAGUGGACAAGGCAAUUCUGGUGGCAGCGGCUACGGUGGAGGAAGCGGGGGUUCAAGCGCAAGCGGCAACUGCAACAGCUGGCCCUCAAGUAACAAAAACCAUCAUGGUUAAAGGAAGUUCUAUAGGCUUGCUUGCCAGGAAAGUACGGUUAGUAUGUGUGUAAGUAAGAAGAUAUAUAGUUUUGAGUCCCUUAAGUACAAUAUUGCAAUGUUAAUUUUUCAAGUUAAAACUAUCUUUAUGUAACGAUUAUAUAGUUUGAGCUUGUCUCCCAUUUGCCUGAUUGCCUUGAUAAUCUGCUGCAUGUUCGGCAACCAGAGCCACAAGUUUUUACAGUUUUCAAGUAAAAAGCAGGGAGAAAUGGCCAUACCUGCUAGUUUCCAUGCCAAGAAAAUCCUUCAUCUUCUUCUUAACAAAACAUAUCCUGUUAACCAGUUAUUUCCGCUUUUGGUUACAAUUCACAGGACAUUAAUUGCUGCAGUUCAGAUACAUUCCGUACAUAUGAACAGGGUAUGCAAAACUACAUAUAUUUUUAAUUCAGUCCAAAUGAUUCACCCUCCUCCUAAGAAAUUCCUACAAUGGCAUCAACUUUCGAAGCUUAACUACUUGCCCUAUCAUCAGCCUAUGAACCAGUAUGCAAUUCCUAAUGAAUAAAUUUCAAGGGGAGACAUAACUAGAAGAAAAUAAAU